CAUCCGCAAAAAGGGAGGAGGGAAAAGUGGACCAAUUGGCGACGCCUUCCAGCUCUGGCGCGUGUCAUCUUUUGAGCCCCUAGAUUAAAAAAUAAAUGUGUGGGGUGUGUGUGUGCACGCGCGUGUGUGCGCAUGUGUGUCUUGGGGGCCACAGGUUUUGUGACCUCAGAGACAAAACUGUAGGGAGGGGAAGAACUGGGGAUUCUAGUGAAGCCAAGAUCACCCCCACCACCGCAGCACCUCCCUCCUUCUUUUACUCCGGCCAUCUAAACUCAACCCUGACGGAGGAACUGGAAAGAAUCUUGGCAGUCAUGUGUUUCAGCCCUCCCCCCUCCACAAUUUUGCAGAUUGUAAAGCAUGGCUGUGUGGAUACAAGCUCAGCAGCUCCAAGGAGAAGCCCUUCAUCAGAUGCAAGCGUUAUAUGGCCAGCAUUUUCCCAUUGAGGUGCGGCAUUAUUUAUCCCAGUGGAUUGAAAGCCAAGCAUGGGACUCAAUAGAUCUUGAUAAUCCACAGGAGAACAUUAAGGCCACCCAGCUCCUGGAGGGCCUGGUGCAGGAGCUGCAGAAGAAGGCAGAGCACCAGGUGGGGGAAGAUGGGUUUUUACUGAAGAUCAAGCUGGGGCACUAUGCCACGCAGCUCCAGAACACGUAUGACCGCUGCCCCAUGGAGCUGGUCCGCUGCAUCCGCCAUAUAUUGUACAAUGAACAGAGGUUGGUCCGAGAAGCCAACAAUGGUAGCUCUCCAGCUGGAAGCCUUGCUGAUGCCAUGUCCCAGAAACACCUCCAGAUCAACCAGACGUUUGAGGAGCUGCGACUGGUCACGCAGGACACAGAGAAUGAGUUAAAAAAGCUGCAGCAGACUCAGGAGUACUUCAUCAUCCAGUACCAGGAGAGCCUGAGGAUCCAAGCUCAGUUUGGCCCGCUGGCCCAGCUGAGCCCCCAGGAGCGUCUGAGCCGGGAGACGGCCCUCCAGCAGAAGCAGGUGUCUCUGGAGGCCUGGUUGCAGCGUGAGGCACAGACACUGCAGCAGUACCGCGUGGAGCUGGCCGAGAAGCACCAGAAGACCCUGCAGCUGCUGCGGAAGCAGCAGACCAUCAUCCUGGAUGACGAGCUGAUCCAGUGGAAGCGGCGGCAGCAGCUGGCCGGGAAUGGCGGGCCCCCCGAGGGCAGCCUGGACGUGCUACAGUCCUGGUGUGAGAAGUUGGCCGAGAUCAUCUGGCAGAACCGGCAGCAGAUCCGCAGGGCUGAGCACCUCUGCCAGCAGCUGCCCAUCCCCGGCCCAGUGGAGGAGAUGCUGGCCGAGGUCAACGCCACCAUCACGGACAUUAUCUCAGCCCUGGUGACCAGCACAUUCAUCAUUGAGAAGCAGCCUCCUCAGGUCCUGAAGACCCAGACCAAGUUUGCAGCCACUGUGCGCCUGCUGGUGGGCGGGAAGCUGAACGUGCACAUGAACCCCCCCCAGGUGAAGGCCACCAUCAUCAGUGAGCAGCAGGCCAAGUCUCUGCUCAAGAACGAGAACACCCGCAAUGAUUACAGUGGCGAGAUCUUGAACAACUGCUGCGUCAUGGAGUACCACCAAGCCACAGGCACCCUUAGUGCCCACUUCAGGAAUAUGUCCCUGAAACGAAUUAAGAGGUCAGACCGUCGUGGGGCAGAGUCGGUGACAGAAGAAAAAUUUACAAUCCUGUUUGAAUCCCAGUUCAGUGUUGGUGGAAAUGAGCUGGUUUUUCAAGUCAAGACCCUGUCCCUGCCAGUGGUGGUGAUCGUUCAUGGCAGCCAGGACAACAAUGCGACGGCCACCGUUCUCUGGGACAAUGCUUUUGCAGAGCCUGGCAGGGUGCCAUUUGCCGUGCCUGACAAAGUGCUGUGGCCACAGCUGUGUGAGGCGCUCAACAUGAAAUUCAAGGCCGAAGUGCAGAGCAACCGGGGCCUGACCAAGGAGAACCUCGUGUUCCUAGCACAGAAACUGUUCAACAACAGUAGCAGCCACCUGGAGGACUACAGUGGCCUGUCUGUGUCCUGGUCCCAGUUCAACAGGGAGAAUUUACCAGGACGGAAUUACACUUUCUGGCAAUGGUUUGACGGUGUGAUGGAAGUGUUAAAAAAACAUCUCAAGCCUCAUUGGAAUGAUGGGGCCAUUUUGGGGUUUGUAAACAAGCAACAGGCCCAUGACCUACUCAUUAACAAGCCAGAUGGGACCUUCCUCCUGAGAUUCAGUGACUCAGAAAUUGGCGGCAUCACCAUUGCUUGGAAGUUUGAUUCUCAGGAAAGAAUGUUUUGGAAUCUGAUGCCUUUUACCACCAGAGACUUCUCCAUUCGGUCCCUAGCCGACCGCUUGGGAGACUUGAAUUACCUUAUCUACGUGUUUCCUGAUCGGCCAAAAGAUGAAGUAUACUCCAAAUACUACACACCAGUUCCCUGCGAGUCUGCUACUGCUAAAGCUGUUGAUGGAUACGUGAAGCCACAGAUCAAGCAAGUGGUCCCUGAGUUUGUGAACGCAUCUGCAGAUGCCGGGGGUGGCAGCGCCACGUACAUGGACCAGGCCCCCUCCCCAGCUGUGUGUCCCCAGGCUCACUAUAACAUGUACCCACAGAACCCUGACUCAGUCCUUGACACCGAUGGGGACUUCGAUCUGGAGGACACAAUGGACGUAGCGCGGCGUGUGGAGGAGCUCCUGGGCCGGCCAAUGGACAGUCAGUGGAUCCCGCACGCACAAUCGUGACCCCGCGACCUCUCCAUCUUCAGCUUCUUCAUCCUCACCAGAGGAAUCACUCUUGUGGAUGUUUUAAUUCCAUGAAUCGCUUCUCUUUUGAAACAAUACUCAUAAUGUGAAGUGUUAAUACUAGUUGUGACCUUAGUGUUUCUGUGCAUGGUGGCACCAGCGAAGGGAGUGCGAGUAUGUGUUUGUGUGUGUGUGUGUGUGUGUGCGUGUUUGCACGUUAUGGUGUUUCUCCCUCUCACUGUCUGAGAGUUUAGUUGUAGCAGAGGGGCCACAGACAGAAGCUGUGGUGGUUUUUACUUUGUGCAAAAAGGCAGUGAGUUUCGUGAAGCCUGGAAGUUGGCCAUGUGUCUUAAGAGUGGCUGGACUUUGACAUGUGACUGUUUGAAUAAGAGAAGGACAAAGGGAGGAGAAAGCACAUGUGCUCCAGUGAGUCUUCGUCACUCUGUCUGCCAAGCAAUUGAUAUAUAACCGUGAUUGUCUCUGCUUUUCUUCUGAAAUGUAGAUAACUGCUUUUUGACAAAGAGAGCCUUCCCUCUCCCCCACCCCUGUGUUCUUGGGUAGGAAUGGGAAAAGGGGCAACCUACAAAGAUUGUUGGGGCAAGGGAAGUCACAAGUUUUUGGAUGGGCGGUGGCUUUUCACAAAACAUUUAGCUCAUCUUAUUCUCUCUUUUGUCCUCUCUCCCCUCCUGCCCGCCCGCACCCUGGAAUUGCCACCCAGUUCCUCUGGGUGUGCACAUAUGUUUGGAGAAAUAGAGGAGAGAAAAGAGGGCCAUGUAACCGAGAGCUUACAGUGCCAAUGCCGUUUGUGUUCUGGCCAGAGUGGAGUGCACAGCCCUGACUCCCAGGCGCUGAGACUGUUGCCUGGUUACCCAGGAAGCUGCUGUUCCGGCUGCCCAGCCUUUCUCUGAGCCAGCGGAUGCACAGUCCGUGGCGUUCUUCAGGCUUAUUGAUGAUGCUUUUUGCAAAUGUUGAAUCAUGGUUCUGUUUCUAAGUUGGAUCUUUUUUGUUUUCUCCUUGCCACCCUAAUUUGACAUCAAAAUUCUCUCUUGUGCAUUGGGCCCUGGGUCAUUCAAACCCAGGUCACCUCAUUCCCCUUCUCUGUUCACACCUAAUGUCUUGAAGAGUAGGUAGCAGCAGUGUGGGCUGAACCUAGGCCAGCUUGCUCAGCGGGUCACCCUGCUGUGAAGUCCUGGCAGGUGUUGGUAAUGUGUGGAAAUGCAGUCAGCAAGUUUGCUGGGGAGUUUGAUAAAAGUAUAAAACAAAACAAAAAAAGCCUCGGUAUAAUUUUGUUCCACGACUUCUUCUGUAGCUUUACACCAGAAGGAAGGAAGGAAUGGGCUACAGCAGGUAGUGGAGGAAGAGGGGGGGUGAGCAGGUGUAUUAAAAUAGCUUACGGGUAAGGCCUAAAAGGUCACCCCUCGGCCCCCUCUCCAAAAGAAGGGCAUGGGCACCCCCAGGAGAGGAUGGCCCCAAAAACCUUAUUUUUAUACAUAAGAGUAAAUAAACAUAUAUUUUUUACAAAAAUAACUUCUGAAUUUAUCAGUGUUUUGCCGUUAAAAAUAUUCCUCUAUAGUAAAUUAUUUAUUGGAAGAUGACUUUUUUAAAGCUGCCGUUUGCCUUGGCUUGGUUUCAUACACUGAUUUAUUUUUCUAUGCCAGGCAGUAGAGUCUCUCUGCCUCUGAGGAGCAGGCUACCCGCAUCCCACUCAGCCCCUCCCUACCCCUCAAGAUUUGAUGAAAAUUCCAACCAUGAGGAUGGGUGCAUCGGGGAAGGGUGAGAAGGAGAGCCUGCCUGCUCAGGGAUCCAGGCUUGUAGAGUCACUCCCUGCCCGUCUCCCAGAGAUGCUUCACCAGCACCUGCCUCUGAGACCUCGCUCUCUGUUCCAGCAACCCUGGUUGGGGGGUCAGACUUGAUACACUUUCAGGUUGGGAGUGGACCCACCCCAGGGCCUGCUGAGGACAGAGCAGCCAGGCCGUCCUGGCUCACUUUGCAGUUGGCACUGGGUUGGGGAGGAAGAGAGCUGAUGAGUGUGGCUUCCCUGAGCUGGGGUUUCCCUGCUUGUCCAGUUGUGAGCUGUCCUCGGUGUUACCGAGGCUGUGCCUAGAGAGUGGAGAUUUUUGAUGAAAGGUGUGCUCGCUCUCUGCGUUCUAUCUUCUCUCUCCUCCCUGUUCCUGCAAACCACAAGAAAAGGUAGUGGUGUGUCUCGACCCCAUCAGCCUCUCACCCACUCCCAGACACACACAAGUCCUCAAAAGUUUCAGCUCCGUGUGUGAGAUGCGCAGGUUUUUUCUAGGGGGUAGGGGGAGACUAAAAUCGAAUAUAACUUAAAAUGAAAGUAUACUUUUUAUAAUUUUUCUUUUUAAAACUUGGUGAAAUUAUUUCAGAUACAUAUUUUAGUGUCAAGGCAGAUUAGUUAUUUAGCCACCAAAAAAAAGUAUUGUGUACAAUUUGGGGCAGUCACAAAGUUGUGUAUUUUAUGUUACAAUAAAGCCUUCCUCUGAAGGGA